AUGGAAAUUAGUCUUCCGGUGGAACUGAUAGACGCAAAAAAAAUGACCAUCAACAGUAGUGCAAGGUGUGUGGUGAUGGUGUUGCUAGCAUGUCUAGCUGUGGCGUCCGGUGUACGCUUUCACCUCAGUGAGCAGAAUGACAUUCUACCGACUAAUUCUGUAAGACGCCCGUUCUACAUGGGGGCGCGCAUCGUGGGUGGAUCAGUGGCAGCGGAAGGACAGUUCCCCCAUCAGGUCGCAUUGCUCCGAUCGAACGCACUGACCUGUGGAGGAUCGCUGAUCGACAGUCGCUGGGUACUGACGGCGGCCCACUGUGUUUAUAAUGGUGGAGCUCUUGUUCCAGCAUCUGCGAUCGUUGUGUUGGCUGGCUCUGUUAGCUUGAACGGUGGAGUACGACGUGCUGUGGCGCGAGUGAUACCCCACGAACGGUACGGUAACUUCCAGAACGAUGUGGCACUAUUGCAGCUGCAGCAGUCACUGCCCAGUUCGACCUAUAUCCGUCCGAUCACCCUGCGAACGACCAAUGUACCAGCGGGCAGCGAGAUCGUUAUCUCUGGCUGGGGCCGUAUAUAUCAAGGUGGUCCCACAUCAACACAGCUUCGAUACAAUCGCGCCACCGUUAUCCCGGAUCAACAGUGCCGUGCAGCUACCGGUAUUUCGAGCGGACUCAUCUGCUUUACCUCACCGGUUAAUAAUGGUGCCUGCAAUGGUGAUUCUGGUGGUCCGGCCGUGCUGAACAAUCAGCUCGUUGGUGUUGCUAACUUUAUCAUCAACUACUGUGGCUCUAGCAGCCCCGACGGCUACGCGAAGGUGUCCGACUUUGUACCCUGGAUUCAAUCGACGAUGCGCCGCUAUUAGUC